GUAAUCGUCACAGCAGUCAUGGAUGGAUUGGGUACACUUUCAGAUGAGGAAACACAUCUACUGAGGACAACCGGAUUGCUCCCUGUUACUCCGUCUGGAGGCGGCAGAACAAGAACUAGAACCCAGGCUUCCCACCCGGGUGCCUAGCAGUGUCUCCAAUCUGCAGCGCUGGGUGCUGGGGCUGUCCGGGCAUAAAACAUGGUCCCUUAGCUCGUCAUGCUUAUGAUCUGAACCGGAAAACACCGACACACGAGAGAAGAUAAGCUCCAAGGGAGGCGCCGGGUUUGCGCAGCGGCGGAAAUGGGCAGGGCGGAGCGAGCGCCGCGGCUAAAGCGAAGGCGGGGACCCAACCCAUCCCUGGUCCCGCCGGCUCCUCCCACCCCGGGUCACGCCGUGACAGGGGCGGAAGCGGCGGCGGCGGUGGCGGCGGCCGAGAGGAGCCUGGGGCUCGCGGCGCGGCUCCUGCCGUCCUGUGCGCGCGGCGCGCGGCUCCGGAGAGGCGCCUGCAAUCCUGGGCAGCGCGCACAGCCUCGCCGGCGCUCAGAGCUGUGCCUUUUCCCCGAGACUCCCGGCACCUCCUCAGCGCAAAGAUUAUUUAAUGUAAUGGCAACCCCACGGGGGAGGACAAAGAAAAAAGCACCUUUUGAUCACUCUCCAGAUAGCCUUCCUUUAAGGAGCUCCGGGAGGCAGGCGAAGAAGAAAGCAACAGAGACGACAGAUGAGGAUGAAGAUGGUGGAUCAGAGAAGAAGUACAGGAAAUGUGAAAAGGCAGGCUGCACAGCGACAUAUCCUGUGUGCUUUGCAAGUGCUUCUGAAAGAUGUGCCAAAAAUGGCUACACCUCCCGAUGGUAUCACCUCUCCUGUGGGGAACAUUUCUGCAAUGAAUGCUUUGACCAUUACUACAGAAGCCAUAAGGAUGGAUAUGAUAAAUAUACUACAUGGAAAAAAGUAUGGACUAGCAAUGGCAAAACUGAACCUAGUCCCAAAGCUUUCAUGGCAGACCAGCAACUCCCCUACUGGGUUCAGUGUACGAAACCUGAGUGUGGAAAAUGGAGGCAGCUCACCAAGGAAAUCCAGCUUACUCCACAGAUAGCCAAUACUUAUCGAUGUGGUAUGAAACCAAAUACUGCUGUGAAGCCUGAGACCUCAGAUCAUUGUUCCCUCCCAGAGGAUCUAAGAGUUUUGGAAGUUUCCAACCAUUGGUGGUACUCUAUGCUCAUCCUACCUCCUUUGCUGAAAGACAGCGUGGCAGCGCCCCUGCUGUCUGCCUACUACCCUGACUGCGUUGGCAUGAGCCCCUCCUGCACCAGCACACACCGCACUGCUACCACUGGCAAUGCCAGCCCUGGGAAACUGGAGCACUCCAAGGCUGCCCCCUCCGUGCAUGUUCCAGGCAUGAACCGAUACUUCCAGCCUUUCUACCAGCCCAAUGAAUGUGGCAAAGCCCUCUGUGUGAGGCCGGAUGUCAUGGAACUGGAUGAGCUCUAUGAGUUUCCAGAGUAUUCCCGAGAUCCCACCAUGUACCUGGCUUUGAGAAACCUCAUCCUCGCGCUGUGGUAUACUAACUGCAAAGAAGCUCUUACUCCUCAGAAAUGUAUUCCUCACAUCAUUGUCCGGGGUCUCGUGCGUAUUCGAUGUGUUCAGGAAGUGGAGAGGAUACUGUAUUUUAUGACGAGGAAAGGUCUCAUCAACACAGGCGUUCUCAACGUGGGAGCCGACCAGUAUCUUCUCCCUAAGGACUACCACAAUAAAACAGUCAUUGUUAUCGGGGCUGGUCCAGCAGGAUUAGCAGCUGCGAGGCAACUGCAUAACUUUGGAAUUAAGGUGACUGUCCUGGAAGCCAAAGACAGAAUUGGAGGCCGAGUCUGGGAUGACAAAUCUUUUAAAGGCGUCACGGUGGGAAGAGGAGCUCAGAUAGUCAAUGGCUGUAUUAACAACCCAAUGGCAUUAAUGUGUGAGCAACUUGGCAUCAGCAUGCAUAAAUUGGGAGAAAGAUGUGACUUAAUUCAGGAAGGUGGAAGAAUAACUGACCCCACUAUUGACAAGCGCAUGGAUUUUCAUUUUAAUGCUCUCUUGGAUGUUGUCUCUGAGUGGAGAAAGGAUAAGACUCAGCUCCAAGAUGUCCCUUUAGGAGAAAAGAUAGAAGAGAUCUACAAAGCGUUUAUUAAGGAAUCUGGUAUCCAGUUCAGCGAGCUGGAGGGACAGGUGCUCCAGUUCCAUCUCAGUAACCUGGAGUAUGCCUGUGGCAGCAACCUUCACCAGGUAUCUGCUCGCUCCUGGGACCACAAUGAAUUCUUUGCCCAAUUUGCUGGUGACCACACCUUGCUAACCCCCGGGUACUCGGUGAUAAUUGAGAAACUGGCAGAAGGGCUGGACAUUCGGCUCCAGUCUCCAGUGCAGAGUAUUGAUUAUUCUGGAGAUGAAGCGCAGGUCACCAUUACAGAUGGCACAGGGUAUUCUGCACAAAAGGUAUUAGUCACUGUACCACUGGCUUUACUACAGAAAGGUGCCAUUCAGUUUAAUCCACCGCUGCCAGAGAAGAAGAUGAAGGCUAUCAACAGUUUAGGUGCAGGCAUCAUUGAAAAGAUCGCCUUGCAAUUUCCAUAUAGAUUUUGGGACAGUAAAGUGCAAGGGGCUGACUUUUUUGGUCAUGUUCCUCCCAGUGCCAGCAAGCGAGGGCUUUUUGCUGUGUUCUAUGACAUGGACCCCCAGAAGAAGCACAGCGUGCUGAUGUCUGUGAUUGCCGGGGAGGCUGUUGCAUCCGUGAGAACCCUGGAUGACAAACAGGUGCUGCAGCAGUGCGUGGCCACGCUCCGGGAGCUGUUCAAGGAGCAGGAGGUCCCAGAUCCCACAAAGUAUUUUGUCACUCGGUGGAGCACAGACCCAUGGAUCCAGAUGGCAUACAGUUUUGUGAAGACAGGUGGAAGUGGGGAGGCCUACGAUAUCAUUGCUGAAGAAAUUCAAGGAACCAUCUUUUUCGCUGGUGAGGCAACAAACAGGCAUUUCCCACAAACUGUUACAGGGGCAUAUUUGAGUGGUGUUCGAGAAGCGAGCAAGAUUGCAGCAUUUUAAGAAUUUGGUGGACCCAGCUUUCUUCUGUACCCCAGAUGGGGAAAUUGGAAUGACUUGUUAAACGUCGGUUUUAUAAGAGGGGGAAAAAGCCCUCUCUACACUGCAAAACUGAAACAUUUCUAAGGUGAUAUGAGGUAAAUCUAUUAUUUCAUCACUCUGAAAGCACUGAUCCCAAAAAUCCUUAUAAGCACUUAUAUUUAAUUGCAUUUUCCAUAGGUUCAACUACUGCUCAAAGUCUGGAUUUCAGAAUAAGGCAGAAUAUAAGCUUCAAUUGAAGCCAUGGGUAUGAUUGUUCCAUGGCUGGAAGUUCCCUUUAGAUUUCACAUUUUGUAUGGCUGACCAAUUUUCAUACAUUGAGAAACCAAGUCAAUCAAGCAGGAAUCAUUUAAAAAACCAGAUAAAGCCAUGUUUUUCGUCUGUGACAGUUUGUCAAUAUCUUUACCAAUGAGCCUUAAUAUUUUUUAUAUAGCUCCAAUAUUGAACUUUUACUUAAAAUUUAGAUAGAACUUUUUUUUGAUACAGCACAAACUCCAGUUGACAGUAAAAUGAAGUUUCUAGGUAUUUCAUAUUGUACAUAUUUUCUCCCAUUGGGUGUUCAAAAGAAGUUUAAAUUGAAGUAUCUUUUGUGAUAAAACGUUUUGGAGUUACGCACUUAUUGGUAAAACAGGCAAGUUUCCAUAUAGGUAUUGUAUCGUCGAGAGUGGAGCACAGAUAGUGUGGGCUUUACGCUGUAGACACAGAAUGUCUUUUUCUUAAAACCAGAUUUGGGUGAUAGAACACCUUAAAUAUCCUCAUUUUUGGCAACCACUAGGCAAAAAACUUGUCAGAAUAAUUUAAUCAAAGCCCCUCUCCACUUCUGCUUUUAUUUACAAGAACUGACUCAAUUGCUAGGAAUAUUUUUGCAGACUUUUCUUUUCAGUAUUCCAUAGGCAGGUCCACUGGAAAACUGCAGAAAAAUGUGAGCUCUCCUGGUAAAUACUAAAUAUUUUAUAAGCCAUAUUUAAAGGUCUAAGAACAUGGCAAGUACUUACUGUUUUCUUUUUUUAAAACACUCAUGGCAGAAAACCAUUUAUUGAUCUCAUUCUAAAAUAAACACUGGUUUCAGGGUCUUCAGGAUGCCGAUUUUGCCAAGAAACUUCAGUUUACCAGUUAGAAAUAAGCUUUUGUUUUCAAGUCUUAAACCAAUUCUUUAAUUAUAAUGGUUUGCUUAAAAAAAAAAGGGGGGACUAAAGAUGACUUUAAAGAGACUUUUCAAAAUACUAUUUAAAAUUUUUAAAAGGUCAGUUUAUAACACGUAAAUACCUAACACAAAUAAUGUACAGUGGAACUUACGCAUUUAAGAUACCAUGCCUCACCCCCGCCCCAAUCAAAGUAUAGUCCAAAAAAAGCCAACAGCUGUAUAUCUACAUUAACCCAAGACAACCCUGAUAUUUUGGUUAUUUGUUGAGACUCAUUGGUACUGACUGCCAAGUCUUCUGUUUUAAAGUACUGUGUAUUAAAAUGUUUAGACAGCAUGUGUUUUAAAGCGAUAAAUGCAAAAUAUUAAGUUUGAAAUGGUUAACAGUAAAUUAUUACUUUAGUUUCUGGGCACUUGAACUGUGCUACAAGUAGGGGAAACCUACCUAAAGUAUGGCAAAUGUGUGUUUUAAGUUUCCUAUCAAGUGACAUACUUCAUUUGACUUUUUGUUUAAGGAGCCAUGGUACUUUUUUCUUGAGUUAUUUGGAUAUGUUUUUUCAGUGCCAUCUGAAGAUUUUGUAAUUGAGUAGCAGUAAAUAUACAAAUUUCCAGUGUUUUAACUACAGUUCAUGAAUAGCUGUUGUGUAAAACUACUUAAUAAAAAACUAGACUUUCAAAUG